AUGACACGAGCUACCAAAAAGCUUCAGGUGCAUUUUGAGUGUUUUGUCCAGCAGCCCUCAGCCACACCUCCUCAACGUGUUCGCGAAUACACACUGACAACCAGGCGCACUACAUUGCAAAUGGCAUAUAUACCACGACAUAAUGAGGCCCCUCUGGAAGGGGAGAUCGAUGAAUUGUCAGCACCCAAGACUCAGUGGCCGGUUUACGACUUCUUCAAUGAAGUCCCUCUGGAUACGGACACAGAUGCCAUCGCAUAUGACCUUCCACCUGCAAAGCACAGACGGACUGCAGCAGAUAAUCCUCUCCUUGCUUGGAUACCUGAACGCCAAACAUUUCUUGAUGAAACUAUUUUUUUGGAAGGGCGUGGACACGAAGCUAUUUGCUCACUCUGUCACUGCGGCAAUUCCGAUAAAAAUUACCGGUGCAAGGAUUGUUUCGGACCUGGGAUGUUCUGUCGUGCCUGUAUUGUCCAACAACACGCAUGCCUGCCAUUGCAUAGAAUCGAAGAGUGGACUGGGAGUUUUUUCCGGCGCACAACUCUCAAGUCUCUGGGUAUGCGAGUCCAGCUGGGUCACAAUCCUGGUCAUCGGUGCCAUAAUCCACGUCCCUCGUCUGGAAACAACUUUGUCGUCAUCGACGUCAGUGGUAUUCAAGAGAUUGCACUGGAUUUUUGCGGCUGUGAGAGUGCACAGAUUCGCUUCAAGCAGCUGCUACGAGUACGCUGGUACCCCGCAACCACAACCGACCCACAGACAGCUGCUACAUUUAAUGUACUUGAGCAUUACCACCUCCUCUCCUUUGAAUCCAAGGUGUCGGCAUACGAAUUCUACCACAGUCUAGCCAGGCGCAGUGAUAACACUGGACUUUCCCCUAUCAAAGAUCGGUACUCAGCUUUCAUGCGCAUGGUGCGUGAAUGGCGGCACCUACGGCAACUGAGGUGCAGUGGCAGAGGGCAUGACCCCACUGGCGCCAAUGGGACUAAUAGUGGGGAGCUUGCUGUUCUCUGUCUGGCUUGCCCACAUCCUGGGAAGAACCUGCCUGAUGGAUGGGAGAGUGCACCUCCAUCAAUACGGUGGCUGUAUGCACUAUUUAUCGCAAUAGAUGUGAAUUUCUGCCUCAAACGCAAAGCGGUCUCUUCAGAUAAAGUUGAUCCAGGUUUGAACACUGGGUGGGCAUACUUUGUGGAGGAAACAAAGUACAAGAAGUAUCUAUCUGCGCGGGCAGGCGAGAAACAAGAGCGUAGCACCUGUGUUAGCCACAACGCAGUCAACAUGGCCGACACAAAAUCAGCACGUGACCUAGCAGCAACGGGUGUAGGUACUGUUGACUGCACACGCCACGAAUUCAAGUUGCCGACUGGGGUAGGAGAUCUUCAAAAGGGUGAAAAGUACCUUAAUAUGGACUACUUCAUGUUUUCAGCCCUGAUUGGGUUUACGGCCACAAUGCUCAACAUCUCAUAUGACAUCGCAUGCCAGUGGUCAAAGAAACUUUGGACCAGGAUGGACUCCAUGCCGGCUCAUUUGCAUGUGCCGCAUGAUGCAAUGCAGAUUUGUUACUUCAUUCCCAAGUUCCAUAUCGGAGCUCACAUUGCUGCCUGCCAGACUACGUUCUCGUGGAAUCUAGCCAGGUUUGUAGGUAGGACUGAUGGAGAGGCACCCGAACGCGGGUGGGCAAAUAUCAAUCGGGUGGCCUCAAGCACGAAAGAGAUGGGACCAGGGAGCCGAUGUGAUACACUAGAUGACCAUUUUGGCGACUGGAACUGGAAGAAAUGUUGUCGGACCUUGAAACGCAAGAUGGAGGAUGCAGUAAAGUGGAAGCGGGAACACUGUGCUGCCUUGGAUGAGCUGGAGGGAACCAUUCAGCCUGUGCUACUGGAUGAGUGGAGACUAGAAGUCGAGGCAUGGGAGGAGGACAAUACCAAACCAAACCCUUUCGACAGCAGAGUCGCUUCUAUUACCCAGGCAGCAGUGCGUGCUCAGCUCAUGGAAUUGGAAGCGCAGGAAUUGGAGGCUGGGAAUGAUUGUUCACUCCAUGCGGACGUCUCACCCAGCAUACUUAUAAGUAGUGGGAUUGAAUUGGAGGAUCAGCAACAGCGGCUGAAAUAUGAUAUCGCCAAUGUCUCACUUCAUCCUACAGACAAGCAGCGAGAGGCUAUCACCAACAGGACUAACGCACUACAAAGAUGGAUAGACUCGUGGAUCAGCAUUCAAGAACUUUACAUGCCCAUAGUUUCAGCACUCCGUUCGUCGGUCAACUCUAACGCUAGUGCUACGGACGCUGUCCUCAAGCCCCAACACUGUCAUCUGUAUCUUCCAUCUUCAAUCGACACCCAUUUACAUUGUGACCAGCGGCUCCUCCAGCAUGAAUGGGAGCUCCGGCACACCCAGGCCCACGAUGCCCUCAAUGAACUCCGUUCCCACCUCCGUCUGCGCUCCCACAUGUAUAAAUUCAAGGACAAGAACCUACGUGGCCAAGCGGCAUCCACUCAUGCUCAGAAUCUGAUCGCACGUGUUGAAGCGAAGAAAGACGCAGGAGUUGAAAAAUACAGGCGUGCACGUCAGGCACUGGAGUCACUGAGUGGUCGUUUGGAUAAGGUGGGCUGGGAAGUAUCUUUACGAUCUCUCAGAAGCGAAGAUGUGAGACCUAUGGGUGAUUUUGUGGGUGGGCACACUCAAGGAACAGGAACAAUAUCAUGGAUUUGGCUAGCUACCGGUGUUGAUACUGGUCGCUCUGAAAAUGACCGUGUUCAAGAUUGCGUCCGCAUCGAGUGGUGUAAAGCUCGUGCACGUGCUGCACGAUGGUCUGGGGAAGUGCAGCUACUGCUCGAAGAAAUGAGGCGCAUGCUGGUUUUUUUGCAGUGGCAGGCCGACUGGUGGUGCGAGCGUGCCAACCUACGUGUACUGGAGAAGCCCUCUGACCAGGAGGGCCUGCAAGCAUAUGCACAUCGUCAGGCUGCACUACGUUGUGCGAUGCGUGGCUCAUUCCAAGCAUUGUGA